AUGGUGGAGGAGGCGGCGAGCCAGAGCCGGCGUCUCAGCUCCGGGCCGAGGGAGCUGGGGAGCCCGAGCGCGCGGGGACCUGGCUCCGGCUUGAUUUAUGUUGCUAUGAGGACAGAUUCAUCAGAAAUGACUGAUGUGGAGUCUGUGAUCACCAAUUUUGCAUCUUCAGCAAGGACAGGCCGCAGGAAUGCCUUACCGGACAUCCAGGGUUCAGCUGCUGCAGAGGGAACCUCAGAUUUGCCGGCCAAACUGGAGGCUCUCAGCAUGAAGGAAGAUGUAAAAAAGAAAGAUGAAGAAACAACACAAGUGCAAGUGGAAAACUGUCCAAAUGAAGGAAAAUGAAGUCUCAUCUCCUAUCAAAAGUGCUGAAUUUGUGUGCAUUGAAAGACUUAGAGGUUCUCUUUCCUCGGCUGUUCCCAUGUCUUCAUUGGGACAUGCUGUCCUCAGCAACAUGUGUGUUCCAGGAUUUUGUGAUGUUAUUUACUUGGAUUGUAAUCCUGAUAUGUUCUGUAAGCUAGCACAUAAAAGACAGGUUCCUUCCAAAUUACACCCAAGGAAAAGAUAAAGUAUGAUUGCUUAAAUACAUAUCAUUGUCUAUAAACUCAACAAAAUUAUUGUUCCCUUAAAAACUUAGUUAGCCAGAUUUAUUUCUAAUUCCAUUUCUAUGGUGAUGGGUAAACUAUUUCUUGGGAAAUAUAAACCAACACCACUAAUUUAAAACAUAUAUUUGUAGCAAAGUGAUUUCUUCUAUUGUUGUUGUGAGGAACAAAAGAAUAAAAUCAC